AUGUCUCAUAGUCACCACCACUCAUUCAGGAGCUUCGGUAAGGCUCCAUCACUCUCUGCCAUUGUACAUGGCUCUAAUCCUGUAAGUUUUGAAGAUGGAUUGUUUUUGCCCAGCAACUGUCACAGCAGAACCUGGCUCCUGGACAACAUUCAAGAAACCUGCAGGGAUACCUUCAGCUGCCAACUGACCAAUUGUGAACAGGACCAGUUCACAGAGAAUUCCUAUGUGCAAAGUUCCUGCUUCCCCAGAGUUGUCCAAACAACUCGUUCCAAUUCCAAGUCCUGUGAAAGAACAAACUGCCAGUCAGGAAGCUCCAUAGCAGUAAAGAAGUGUGCUGCUCAGCCCUGCCAGUCAGGAAGCAGUCAGAAAAUGAGUUUUAUAGACCAGAGCUGCCAACCUGCGAACUACAUGGCAAAGUGCUGUCCAGUAAAGGCUCCUUUGUCUAAGAGUUACCAAACUCUGGAAUAUAAAUCCAUUCAGUGCCAAACUCAGAUCCCUGAAUCUAGUUCUUAUAGACCCUUGGUCAGUGUUGCAUCUGAGCCACAACUCCUGGAAUCUUCUAGCACUUAUGAACCAACUUGCUGUGUUACUGGUGGUUUGCAAAUGCCUAGUAAGUGA